AUGGAAACAGCUUCGUCGCAGUAUACUGGCGGUCGUCCACAUAAGUCUCGCCGGAGUAGGCCAUGCGAUCUCUGCCGAGCACGAAAGGCUGCUUGUGUCAUCGCAACCAAACCUCCAUGUGAGUUGUGUCGCGUAAAAGGCCGACCGUGUACCUUUGUCAAUGGGCCUGGCUCUCGGCGCCGGCCACUCCCACCAUCUCAACCGUAUAGCGAUAAUGAGGCCGUCCAACCAGAAAGCGAGGACUGCGGAAUACAAAAUCCAACGGAUACAGGGUCCUUGUUGACGUUCUCAUUUCCGGAAUUCGGGCUUCCUGAGGGUUCUCAUACACAGCAACAGCCGUCCCUUUUUGACACAUCCAUGGAGGACUUCUUGAUUCCAUUCGAUUGCACCCAGCAUAUCCAACUCGGUGUUGAACACAGGAAUCAACCUGAAGCGCCUCGAGAAACUAGUGAGAUUAUCACUCACUGCCUCCCCGAGCAAUCUAUGCCACAUGUUCGAGCUACUGAUUCACCAGUGUCAACUUCACGUCAACCGAGUCUCGAUGAAGCAGCUCAUCGCUCAAAUACCAUAACUCUAGACCAGCAAACCGGCAAGUCAUAUCGUUUUGUGGGUCCGUUAGGGGAACUAGACUCACAUCUUAUUGCACGGCGGAGAUUCAACCAGGACCUCCAGUCUGUGUCUCCCUACACAUCCAUUUUGUAUCAGCAGACACGUCCUACUGGGGCAGGUGACUCAGUAUUCCAACCACCGCCUGUUUUCAUCGUUGGAGAAACAAGUCGACUGGAAAGUUCGGAACCAAAGCUGGACUGUGGUUCACUGAUUGAGCUUCGGCAAAAGUUCAAUAUUCUGGUCCGCCCUUCGUUUGCUCGGGAAUCAAUCCGAGUCUACUUCGAAUUUAUCCAUCCGUCAUUUCCUAUCAUCAGUCAAGAACAAAUUCCGUCCACCGAUGAGAAGGUUGAGAGCAUUCCACUUUCAUUUCUCGCCGCAAUCUGUGCAUCUAGCGUGUCUUUUCUUUUAUACGAUAACGCUUUGUCGCUAGAAGCCAGCGAGGCCCCGUCGGCAACACAACUGGUCCGUAUAUCCUGGACUGCUCUUCAGCUGGAAUUGCCCGACGUUAGACUAUGCACAGUGCAGACAUGUUUACUUAUUCUGCAAUGCCAGUCACGGGAGGAUUUCUUUGGCGAGACGCCUUUCAACUGGCAGCUCUGUGCGAUGAUGGUUUCCAACAGCCAAACGCUUGGUUUGAACCGUGAUCCCACGAACUGGAGUGCAAUCAAGCGGUGGGAAAGGAGAUUGCGGAAGCAUCUCUGGUGGGCAAUACUUGUUACCGAGACAUGGACAGCAUUCGGUCAGGGGAUGCCAACUCACAUAAACAUGGAGGACUGUGAUGUUCCUCUACCGAACCGAGGCGAAUUGAUUGAACACGUCACCGGCACCGACUCUGAGCGAAGGGAAAAAUUCACCGGCCAGUUUUAUCAUCUCAUAACCCUCACUAUGAUUGUGCGUGAUAUCAUGAGAACAUUCUAUACAGUACGUGCCAUGAACCAAAUGACGAUGGACCUGCGACUGGCCCUUAACCUGGUGCGUCCACUGAGAGAACGGCUGAUGAAAUGGAACCAAGACCUUCCUCAGUUUCUACGGGUCGGGGCCGAUGGCAACACAAACAGAGAGAUUCCACUCGGAGGAUGGGUCAUGAGCGGUCUUGUUAGCAGUGGCUCGUUACGAUUGGCUUAUCUCACUGCACAGGUGUCUCUAUUUCGAGUGUUGCUACGUCCUCUAGCCAUGGCUGGCAUUACGGCGCAGACACACCCGGAGCAACUUUCUCUUUGGGAGAAUGACGGGGCAGCUGCAGUCAUAGUGGGAGCUACGCAGUCGACGAGGGAGCUGGUCAGAUUUGUUGAAACACUGACCAAUGCUGAUUGGGAUAGUUUCUGGUAUAGCUGGUCCAGACACAACUUUGCGGUUUUAUCUACAUUUUUAAUGCACCUUCUGGUGUUGAUUCAACCAUUGCAGAGUAGUUCAGUGAGCGGUAACAUACUCCCUCAUGAGUCCCCUGAUCAUCCAGACAUCAGGAGACCAUCUACCGGCUCCUCCAGCGCUGGAGCCCCCUCGCCUAAUGCAAAUUAUACUUUCAUAAAAGAGUAUACCGAGCUCCAAGGACUUACCAGGCGAUGGAGAUGGGCAUUGCGACUUGCCGAGAGGGGUGCUGGCAGUCGCAAGGGGCUAAUCAGUGCAAGCCUCAAGCGGAUAGAGGCUUUGUUCAGAGAAUGGCAGACUACAGAGGAGGGAUAAAUGUGAAGGACUGUCCUCCGGUGGUACAAUUAAAUUGGCUUACGA